AUGGAUCCGGUACAGUUUGGAACACAUACACUGGACAUAAAAUUGCUCGCAGUGCCCUCUACUGGUCAAAACCAGAAACUACAGCAUACUGUUGGGGACAGUGCAGACAUCACCUGUGACUUCUUCAGUAAACAUGCUAACAGUGAGAAAUUUCUCUGUGUGGGAGCAAACCGUUCAACAUGCACCCGCCUGAGUGAUAUUCGGUACUCUGUCACUAAUUGGCAAAAUGGAAGGACUUUCAAGGCCACCAUCAAUAAUCUUGUCAAAGCUGAUGCUGGAGUCUAUUGGUGUGGAUUUAAAGUCACUUUGUCAUCUCUAUCCUACACCAACCUAUACAACAGAACACAGCUUAUUAUUACAGUAUAUGAAGACCCCAGUACUUAUCCAGGAUCCCCAAUAAUCUAUUUGACCACGGUGGUGGUGGUAGUGAUGGUGGUGUUGGUGUUGGGAGCUGUAGUCUUCAAGCUCUACAGAAAGCGAAGAAACACUCCAGAUCCUGCUGCGUCUGUGAACCGAAGUGACAACAGAUGGAGCAUUGCAGAUUAUGAGAACGAUACAGCAAGAGAUGAUGUAACUCCACCCAGCAUUGUGACAAGCCCAGCCUAUCAGAACCUGAACCUCAACAUCAUGCAACAGGACCCAGCCUAUCAGAGCCUGAACCCCAACACCAUGCAACCGGAAUCAGUCUAUCAGAGCCUGAAUCCCAACACCAUGCAACAGGACUCAAUCUAUCAGAGCCUGAACCCCAACACCAUGCAACAGGACUCAGCUUAUGAAAACCCCUAA